CUCUCGUCGCUGGCACACCAUAAUCCCAUCGAGUUACGUGCCGGUCGCCUCGGCGCCCGCGCACACGCAUGUCGUCGGCUCAUCGAUCGCGCGGCCGCCUCGAUCCGCGGUGCGCGCGUUUCUCGAUGUCUUCUUGAAAUCGGGGCUGUUUUAAGGAACAAAAAUUGCAGAGCGCGUACGUCGCUGUUGCAACGGAUUAUUAACGACGCUGUGACGUGAAGGAGCUUUUUCUCUCUCCGAGGAGUGGGCGGCGUGGGAGAGGCGGACCUUCUUCUUAUUCUUCUGCCUAUUCUUCUUCUUCUUACCUGCGGUAGUCCGAGCGGGGAAGCAGCGCAACGGGCAUAGCUGCAUCAGCUAUACGCCGAGAGAGAUGCGCCGUACAGAUCCGAGUCGUCCAGCCGCAGCAGCAGGAGUAGUGGUAGCCGUAGCGGCGGCGCAUCGCACGGCUGCACUUCGCAGGAUCAGCCUUCGAAGACGAAGUUCGGCUUGACGCGCGACACUGGACACACCGCCGGCGGCUGCAGCGAGACGAGGAGAGCCCACAUACACAUACAGAGCGAGAAUGAGAGCCAGCGCUUUCAUCACGUGCAUCACGCUGCUAGUGGUGACAACGCCAGCGGCGAUCGUGGUGGUAGUAGCGUCACCGGCCUACAUGCUGGUACGUCCUCUCGAGGACGAGAACGACUACGCGCGAGUUCUGGAGCUGUCGCUGCUGUUCUACGAGGCACAGCGCUCCGGGAAGCUCACGUCCGAGGCCGGCAGAGUCGCCUGGCGUGGCGACUCUGCCCUCGGAGAUCGUGGAGCCAACGGCGAGGACCUCACCGGCGGUUACUACGAUGCUGGUGACUUUGUCAAGUUCGGCUUCACGAUGGCCUCGACGACGACGCUGCUGGCUUGGGGCGCCGUCAGCUGGCCCGAUGCUUACGCGGCCGUUGGCCAACUGGACGUGAUUCGCGAGACCGUCAAGUGGGCCACCGAUUACUUCGUCAAGUGUCACGUGAGUGAAUUCGAGCUAUACGGACAGGUUGGCGACUUCGCGAUCGAUCACACAUUCUGGGGCAGACCCGAGGAGCUCAACACCAGCCGGCCUGCCUUCAAGAUCGACCCCGAGCAUCCAGGCUCCGACUUGGCUGGCGAAACGGCAGCGGCUCUCGCCGCGGCGAGCCUCGUCUUCCGCACUAGCGAGCCGUCUUACAGCGAGAAGCUUCUGCGUCACGCCCGCGAGCUUUACAACUUCGCGAACAAGUAUCGGGGCCUCUAUCACGAGGCGAUCAGGGGCGCGGCUCAGUACUACGAGAGCACCGACUACGGCGACGAGCUCGCCUGGGCGGCCGCCUGGCUCUACAAGGCCAGCAACGAGUCGCGCUACCUCGAGGAGGCCGAGCACCACUACCAGCACUUCCAUCUUCGCGAAAGGCCCAACGAGUUCUUCUACAACAAGAAGGUCGCCGGUGUACAGGUUCUUCUGGCGCAGUUGACCGGUACGCAAGAGUACCAGAACGCGGCUCAUUCCUUCUGCAACUUCUCCGUGCGGCGACAGAAGCGCACGCGUAAAGGCCUGCUCUACAUCGACAAGUUCGGGACGCUUUGUCACGCUGCCAACGUCGCGUUCGUCUGCCUCCAAGCGGCCGAUUAUCCGGAUAUCGGAGAUCCCAAGGAGUAUCGGGAAUUCGCCCGACAACAGAUUCACUACAUACUCGGCGGCACAGGUCGAAGUUACGUCGUUGGCUGGGGCCGCAACCCGCCGAAGCAGCCGCACCACGCAGCCUCCUCAUGUCCGGACAGACCAGCUCCCUGCGGUUGGCCCGAGUUCGACCGAAACAGACCGAACCCCCAAGUGCUCUACGGAGCCCUGGUCUCCGGCCCUGACGAGGCCGACCGCUUCCACGACAAGCGCGAGGACUACGUCUACACCGAGGUGACCCUCGACUACAACGCCGGAUUCACUGGCGCCCUCGCGGGACUGCUCCAGCUGCAAGUCAAGGCAGCCGCAGUCACGAGCACACCGAGAGCCGCUUGAGGGAAUUAUAUCGUCGCGGACUUUUUCCUAUUACACGCUCGUACCCCGAGCUUUUUCUUCGCGCAAGCUCAAGUGAUUUAUCCCAGGGCGACGGGCGUGAACAAUUGCUUACGAUCGCGAUGGUUCUUCGCGCGGAGCUCUCGCAUUGUUAUUAAUCGGAUUAUCUCAAGCGCUCCGUCUCACGAUGCUUUCGCUGAAAAGUUUCGGAAAUUCUGGGGGACUAUGCUUUCGCCUGCCGGAUAACGUUUAGUCGACGCUAUGAACGUUCAUUCGGAUCCGAAAGGAAUACUGCCUGGAAUGCGCGCGAUGCGUUUUAGCUGGAGAGAUCGGAACGAACGCGCUCGCUGCGAUCCGAUAAUAACUCGCGUUGCUGCUCUUGUUUUUUAGAUGAUUUUACGCCAAACUUUAUAAGCACUUGAAACCAUCGAGAUCGUUAGCUUUCAAUUGAGCGACAGCGAAGACUCGAGACUUAGAAGCGAGCCGAGAAUUCAAAUUCGCAAGCGUUCGGUAUGACAGCGGAGAAUUGCGACAAGUCGACGGAUGAUAAUGAGGGAUCGAUGAUAAUUCGAAGGGAUAACGCUUCCAUCGGAGAAAAAUCGCGGAGAUGAUAAAGAAACAUCGCUGCGAUCCUUCGACGAUGGAGCGUUCGAAUGGUUUUUACGGCGCGAAAAUCGUUCGUUCCGAUUAGCAUCGAAUUCCACUUUAUUAAGUCACGCCGGCGAAAUUAUUCAUGGAUUUUCAACGCAGAGAAGCUAUUAUAUUGCCACAUCUUCUCUCUCCGUCGCUUAUUUCGAAUUGUGAAUUCUCGACGACGACGACGACGACGAAGUCACUUCUGUAAAAUCAAGCGAUAUCGUUUCGAUAGAUGUUUUGUAUUCUAUUUUUUUAAUUAAACGAAACGAUUAUUAUACGAUACUUUUACUUCUUAAGCGCAAACAUUUAUUCCUAAGCCAAUCUACACGUGCUUGUGUAUCAGACUAUAGCAAUUAAUUAUCGAGAUUAUGAUACACGUUUAGCUCGAGAUUAAGGUAGCCUUAAACGGGAUGAGCUUAUGUGUACGGAAAACGAUCCCGAGGGGGAUGAAGUCGCAUUAGCGAGCGUUAAUCUCGGGAUUUCCAAUCGACGAAGUGUCUCUUUCUUUUUUUGACGAUAACUCGCGAACAUUUUUUUACGACAACUCUGCCGACUGUGCAAACUCGCUGCGGCUCGCGGGGUGAUUAUACUCCAGAGCCGAUGAAAGUUUGCGUGAAUCGGAGACUUUGCGACGAGAUUCUACUGCAUCGAGUUGUUUUAUGAAAAUUACGUUAUUACAGCUGGACCAAUUCUGCUUUCGAUGACAACACGGAGACGAUAUUCCGGAGACGAUUCGUUCGCUCUAUGCCACUUCUGACCCGAUCUAUACAUCGUAGAUAAUCGGAUGUAGAAACUUCGGUAAAUAGAAAACACUUUCCCGCGGACAAUUAGGUAAUUUAUUGUACUUUACUUUUCGUAAGACAUGAUUAUGUGGUGCCAAAGCGUUUAGAGAAUCGACCUGAAAUCAUUUUAGGCUAUAAUUAUAGAUAUGGGUAUUAUCUUUAGGUGAAAGGAGAAGAUGCUCUUUUUUAGUAUGAUAAUAUACAUGUUACAUUCACGCGUAUUUUACUUUUUAUGCGACUCGCGCUAGAUAAGAAAAAAAAAUCGACGCUCAAUCGUUUAGCUUUAGUUUUAUAACGUUUUUUUCUUCUACGCUAUGAUGGCACAUUACGUAUACCUAAACAUGCGCUGUUAUAAUUAUUGGUUUAGUCUCUAGUAUCUAUGUAGUUUUUACAUUGUGUAUUAAAUUAUUUAACAUGAGUGUAUGUUGUGUACAUUUUAAAUGAUUUGAAUACCUCUCGGGUGCGAACCGAGGUGGGGAUUAAUUUAUAUGAUGGUACCUAUACAACAUAUAAUUUGGAGUCUUCCAUUUUAUAUUUGUACACCGAUGAAUUAUAUCACAUGCGAUUUGUAGUUUAUAUUUAUAUAAGAUAUAUAGCGUUGCGCGUACAAUAUGUGAAUGAUAUACUUUCACAGUUAAAUCAUAACGAUUAAGAAUUUUAUAUGAACAAACAUUGCAAUGAAAUAAAAUGAUAGCAUUACCCGCAA